AUGGUUCCAGUGACCCCCAUUCAACUCAGUGACUCUGCGACCUUCAUGUGUGUUUUGCCCGAUGAAGAGCUGAGCAGUAGAAAACUCCACUGGUACAAGCAGCGUGCCGGGGAUACUCUGAAAUUAAUCAUGACACUGUGGAAAUCUGCAAAACCUGAAUAUGCACCAGAAUUUUCUGAAUCAAGAUUGAAGGUAAAUACUGAUAAGAAUAUUAGCAACCUGACCAUUUUGAGGACAAUUCAAGAGGAUGAGGGAAUGUAUCACUGGGCAAUAACAGCAUAAUCCUGAAUGGAGUGGGACAUAUCUUUUUUAACAGCUUUGUAUCACACAGGAAACACUCAGAGGACAUCAAACUAUACUGUCAUUCAGGGGACAACAGUAUCUGAUCCAGACCGUCCAGGAGACUCGAUAACUGUUCAGUGUUCAGUCCUCUCUGACUCUGACAACAAGACGUGUCCAGGAGAUCACAGUGUGUACUGGUUCAGAGCCGGAUCAGAUAAAUCUCAUCCAGACAUCAUCUACACUGAUGGAAAUGGACGUGAUGAAUGUGACAAGAGAUCUGACUCUCAGAAAAGCUGUGUUUAUCGCUUCUUCAGGAACAUCAUCUCCUCUGAUGCUGGGACUUACUACUAUGCUGUGGCCGCAUGUGGAGAGAUAUUAUUCGGAGAUGGAACAAAACUGGACAUUCAAGGACCCAGUAUUUGGUCAGAGAAGACCAAUGCAAUUAUGUUUCUGCUGUCUGCUGUCUUGGCUAUAAGUCUGAUUGUUAUAACCUUCCUCAUUUACCCCAUCAAGACAAGCAAGUGGUAUUGUUCCAACGAGAGAUGA